AUGAAUUACUACGAGUCUCUGAAAAAUCAAGAAUUACAACUAUCAGACUGGUUUGAUCCCAAAUAUAGAGAUAAUGUAAGUACUAUUACUGAAUGGUCUGCUCCAAUUGUGUGGCAAGACACUUACAACGAAUCGUUCUUGAAAAACUACUAUGCACGUCAUAAAGUUGCUGUGGGAUUGAUUGUAUUUGCUGUGGGAAGAUAUGUUCAUUACCAUUUGCCUAUCUUUUUGAAAUCUGCUGAUAGAUUUUUUAUGAUUGGUCAGAAAGUCAUCAUUUAUAUCAUGGUAGAAAACUUCACUGAUCUAUCCUGGAUAUCUUUGAAUCGCCUUCGAAUGUUUAAAGUUUUUGAAGUUAAAAAAGAGAAGAGAUGGCAAGACAACAGUAUGAUGCGCAUGAAGAUAAUUGGUGAACACAUUGUGGAUCACAUCCAGUAUGAGGUUGACUACCUAUUUUGCAUGGAUGUAGAUCAAAUUUUUGUAAACAGUUAUGGUUUGGAGACUCUGGGGAACUCAGUAGCUCAGUUACAUGCAUACUGGUACAAGAAACAUCCUUCAAGGUUACCAUAUGAAAGAAGCAAUUUAUCUGAAGCUUAUAUACCUAAGGGUAAGGGAGAUUUUUACUACCAUGCUGCUGUCUUUGGAGGCACAACCAUUCAAGUUCUUGAUAUUGUCAGGGAGUGUGCCAAAGGAAUCAUGAAUGACAAGAAAAAUAACAUUGAAGCAGUGUGGCAUGAUGAAAGCCACUUAAACAAGUAUUUCUUUCUCCAUAAACCCAGUAAAAUCUUAUCACCAGAAUACUGUUGGGAUUACCGUGCUAGACGCUCUUCUGAUAUUAAGGUUGUCAAACUCUAUUGGGAUAUGAAGAAUUACAAAUGGGUUAGGGUGACUGUGUAA